ACUAUGACAUUUUAUUUACCGUCUUGUGUCAACAACUCUGUUCCACGUCUCUAUAAAUACUCACAUUUGCCUCCAUUUCUUCUCUUCAAACCAAUCAUCAAAUUUACUUCGAUAAUUAUUAUAGUAAGCUUCGUCAUUCAAGUAUUCCGCAUGGGCGAGAAAGAUGAUAAGGGUGGAGAGAAAAAAGCCGAUGCCUCUCCGAUCACCGUUGUUUUAAAGAUGGACUUGCAUUGUGAAGGCUGUGCUAAAAAAGUUCAAAGCUCCGUUAAACACUUUGAAGGUGUAAGUAAAGUGAAAGCGGACUGUGAGAGUAACAAGUUAACGGUGACUUGUACUCUGGAAGCCGAGAGGCUGAGAGAAAGAGUUGCAUACAAAACCAAGAAGAAGGUGGAGAUUGUGUCUCCUCAGCCUAAAAAGGAGGAGAAAAAGACCGAUGCCAACCCGGAGAAAAAAUCCGAUGACAAGGCCGAGAAGAAGCCUAAAGAGGUGAGCACAGUUGUUCUCAAGAUUCGACUUCAUUGUGAUGGAUGCAUUCACAAAAUUAAACGAAUAAUAUCAAAGUCAGAAGGAGUAGACAAAGUCACUGUAGAUUCGAAAAACGAUCAGGUAACAAUAAAGGGAACAAUGGAUGUGAAGCUACUGGUGCCUCAUUUAAAAGAGAAAUUGAAGCGAAAUAUAGAGAUUGUUCCUGCCAAAAAAGACGAUGGAGGCGGUGACAAGAAAGACAAGGCAGGCGGUGGAGACAAGAAAGAAGGCGGUGGUGGCGACAAAAAGGACAAGGGAGGCGACGACAAGAAGAAAGACGGUGGUGGCGGAGGAGGCAAUGUUGAAGUGAAAAAAAUGGACUACCAUGGUUUCGACCCUUACACAACAUUUAUUGUACCACCCUGUGGUCAGAGUCACUCUAUUCAUGAAUAUGGUUCGACGUCAACAGCAAUGUACAACCAGAGCUACUCUAAUCAGGAUUAUGGUGUAGAGAUGCAUGAUCAAGGUCAUGUAAUUAGUCAUGGUUAUGGUGUUGAUCACUACUUGCAUGCGCCUCCCCCACCUGCGUAUUACAGGGCACCUCAGAUGUUCAGUGAUGAGAAUCCUAAUGCCUGUACAGUCAUGUGAAAUAAGAAUUAUUAUGUGAUCAAUGAUCAUGUAUGAGAAAUGUGUAUAAAUCUAGUUAUAGUGAUAUAUGACAACUCUAGGAAGUAUUUUGUUUUAUUUA